UCCUACGGGACAAGAUGGAGUCCCUGCAGGUCCUGAAACGCGGGCUGCAGCAGCUCAGUGGCCAUGGUGGCCUCCACGGCUAUCUACGAGUUUUCUUCGGGGCAAAUGAUGUGAGGGUUGGUACAUUAGUGGGGGAAGACAAAUAUGGAAACAAAUACUAUGAGGACAACAAGCAAUUGUUUGGUCGUCACCGAUGGGUUAUAUAUACAACUGAAAUGAAUGGCAAGAACACGUUUUGGGAUGUGGAUGGAAGCAUGGUCCCCCCUGAAUGGCAUCGUUGGCUUCACUCUAUGACUGAUGAUCCUCCAACAACAAAACCACCUACUGCUCAUAAAUUCAUUUGGACAAACCGUAAGUUCAAUGUGAGUGGCACUCCAGAACAAUAUGUACCUUAUUCUACCACUAGAAAGAAGAUUCAAGAGUGGGUCCCACCUUCAACACCUUACAAGUAAAGACGAUGGAAAAUAAUUUAAACAUGUA